AUGAAGGGUGAUAAUCACAUAUCUUGUGAGGUUGAUAAAGACGUGCUUCAGGAAAGAAACUUGCCUUCAGAGGAGGUUUAUGCAGAAACUCCACAAAUCUGGGGGCACAAAGGAGAGACAGCUUUGUACGAGGCUGGCCGAUAUAUCGAUGUAAUUUAUGAAUGA